UUCAUUCAUAAUCUUUAUCGGUCAAGUGGCUAAUAAUGCAAGCUAUUGACAAACUAGAUUUUCCCAUCAGUCGAUUUUUUCCUGCAUCAAGUUAGACCGGUGCCAUAAUAUAAAAGGUCAACUUAAAAUAAAGUCGCACGAAUGAAUGUCAAUUUUGAAGUGAACUUCCAAAAUAAGUUAACAAUUCCAAGAACUUUAAGUUUAAAGUAUUGGAUUAAUAAUGGAAAAAAAUUGUGGUGACAAAGUUUCCCGAGUGGAAAUUAGUGGUGAGACGACAACCAGUGAGAGCAGCAAUACUAGUGUAGAGGGUGAUACAGUUUUGUGUUGUAAGAGCAAACGUGGACCUAUUGAUGGAAAAAAAAAAAAGAAAACGAAAUUCACCAUAAAACAAAAAGUCUCCCUAGCCAUGCUAGCUCUGGCAGACUUUAUAUGUUUCUGUUCAGUAUCAAUAAUUUCUCCAUUUUUUCCCGCUGAAAGUGCCAAAAAAGGCGUUUCCGUAUCAGUUUCGGGAUUAAUAUUUGGAGUUCAUGCUAUUGUAGUCGUUUUAACAUCGCCAAUAUUCGGUAAAGUGCUGCCUAAAUUUGGAGCCAAGUAUAUUUUUAUAUCUGGACUUUUAGUAUCAGGAAUAUCUAGUUUAGCUUUUGGUCUUAUAUACAGGAUAGAUGACUACACUUAUUUUGUAACAGCGUCAUUUGUAAUACGAGCAAUUUCGGCUCUAGGAGCCAGUGCUUAUUCUACAGCUGGAUAUGUACUUAUUAUAAAUAUUUUUCCUGACAAUGCUGGUGCAGUAAGAGGUCUUCUAGAAACCUUUGUAGGCCUAGGAAUCAGUGCCGGACCAGGAAUCGGCGGCUUGCUUUACACGAUUGGAGGGUUCGGUCUUCCAUUUUACGUUGUUGGAAUUAUUACCAUUGUAAUCGCUUUUUUGAAUUUGUUUUUGCUGGCGCGACCUGAAAAAAACCAACUAGAAAAAAGUGAAUCUUUAAUAAACCUACUAAGACUUCCUCCAGUAUUGGUAACAUGCACCCUUUUAAUAGUCACUUCCAUGACUAUCUCCUAUUUGGAUCCAACUUUGGAGCCCCACUUGAGAAAGUUCGAAUUGAGUGCCAGCCAAGUAGGCCUCAUGUUCCUGCUUUUAUCUGGAACCUACGGAUUAUCCAGCCCCAUGUGGGGCUGGCUCAGCGACAAAAUGAAAGAUUACACUUGGAUUAUGACUACUGGCUUAUUUUGUAGUUCGGUGGUUUUGUUGUUUUUGGGACCGUCGCCAGUGCUUACUUUUGUUGAAGACUCAAUUUGUCUUAAUGCAGUUGCCCUAUCAGCCCUUGGCGUAUCCACUGGAAUGGCUUUGAUACCUACUUAUCAAUAUAUUUCUGAUAGUGCAAUCGAAAAUGGUUUUCAAGAAAGUUUAGGCACCCAUAGUGUAAUAGCUGGCCUUUGGUCAUCAGUUUACUCACUAGGCGAAGUUAUAGGACCAGUCUUGGGUGGCACCUUGAUGCAAAACUUUGAAUUUCCAGUGACAUCUAGCACAAUGGCUCUCAUUAACUUUGUAGGGGCCAUUUUGGCAUUGAUAUACUUUAAAUUGAAGCACAUGAAAGAGAAAGCUUUAGCAGAAAAGCACGGUAUUGAUAAUGUUGUUUUUGGUGAAAUUAAUGGGAUUUGUACUUUAGGAAAAGGGGAAGACAAUAUAUGACUGUGAGUUCUCAACUUGAAUUCAAACCAGAUAAUUUGAAAAAACUAUUAUUUUUCAAUUAAAAUAUGUGCCAAGUAACUAAUGUUUCUAGAAAAUAAGGAAGAAUAAUUAAGUCAAAAAUAAAUAGUUAUGUGAUAACAAUUUGACACCUCCUAAUUGAUUUUUUUUUUACAUAAUUGGAGAAAAUUCACCCAUUGAUAUGAUUGAGAAAAACAAGGAACUUAAAGUCACAGUCUCAUGAACUAUUCAAUUAUCAAUAUAAGUUGUAAAUGUAACUAUUUGUAUGAUACUAAUUGAAUAAUUGGUGAGACUAUGACUACAAAUUUUCUAGUUUUCUUAAUCAUAUUAUUGUAAAUAGGCCAGUGGAGUGUGAUCUUUGACAAAAAACAAUAAACAAAAUAAAUAAAAAAUUAUGUCGUGAUAUACCGGGUGGUCCUCCGGGAAUGACAUCGAUUGCUUAUGGGAAAACUGUGAAAGGUAAAAAUUUGAAAAUUUGGCAACAUAGCAAUGUCGAUGGGGGACAUCUAGGUAAAAUAUUUUCAAGAUGGCGGCAUUUCCGGUCAUACCGGAAGUUGAUACCAACUCGGUUAUUUUAAAUAGAACACCCCAUAUAUUAAUGUAUUUUUGGAUUCUACAUAAAAUUCUGAGCAGAUUUCAUGUAAUAUACCCUAUACCUAAGUUCAACUGUUUUGGAAAUAUUGACAGUUGAAAAUUGACUUUUUGCAACUUUGACAAGCUGUAAAACCUAAUUGGUUAAUUUUAGAGGAAAACCGAUUUCACAUUCCUAUCUUAGAUUUUGAUAAACUAUCAUUUGACACCAACUUUGAACUUAAACGGAGAUUAAAUUUAACUGAAAUUUUUAAUCAUGGAUUUAAUUCAAAGUUG